AUGCAAACUCCGCCGAAUUUUGGCAUGUACCAGAGCAACAAACGGGAGGCGCAAUCAGUUUUUGUACAGCAAAAUGUUUUUUCACAACAAACCCCUGGUUGCAUAUUUGGUCAAGUGGCACAAACUACGUCUUCUGCCAACUUAAAUAAUUUAUUUGCUCAAUCGCUGAGCGCACCAAAUGGCACAGCACAUUUUACUAAUACAGAAGCAAUACCCUCACAAAGCGUAUUCGUCCAGGCAUUGUGUCAAAAUCAGAAUACACCUGCAAACAUUUUUUCUCAACCUGACGAAACAAUUGCAACGACUUCUGUUUCAAUGGAACCACCUACAAAUUUUUUCCUACAAAUCCCUCGUUCAAAUCAGUCAACUGCUUUCGGGAAGCAAGUGGGUGAAAACACCUCAUCUCAGGCUCUAUUGCAAUCACCGUUAGUAAGCAGUUCUGUUUACAGUAAAUUGGCGGAUCUAACACCUGACGAAAUUAAAGCUUUUAAAACGGAUGCUUUUACUCCCAGGAAAAUUCCAAAUGUUCCUCCACCUCCAGAGUUUAUCAAUUAG